CAAAGAGAAGUGGAAGGGAGAACAUACGCUCCUUGAGGGGGUCGCUUUGGAUGCCGGUAUACUCCCCUUUGGACCCCUUACUAAUGUUGGCAGUUGUAGGUCCCUUGUGCAUUUGGAAGACUAGGAAUAGAAUGAGAAUAAUGCAUGACGCACCCAGCAUGCGAAUGGGUCUUGCGACAGCCAUCUUGAAUUCAACUGAGUGCGAGACUGCAGCAAGCAAGAGACAGGCAGGAGGGCAAAAAAAAGAGACAGAAUCGAGUUGGUAUAGGAGAGACUUUGGUUGCUUAAGGUCUCGAUGCCGCCUUUGCCCCAAUGGGUCUAGCGUGGCGACUCAAACAACACGUCAACUGCCGCCGCCAAUCAAUACAAAAAGCCGCGUAACCCUUCCUUCAUGCUGUCGCAAUUCUACUAACGACGCAACUCCCCCUUUCGUGGUGAUGGGCAAUGGGGAAUCUGUGCGCUAGCUGCUGGCUCAGUUCUGCAGUGAACCCCUCCAACCAACCGUUAUGGCCAUCCCCGCCAGUAUUAGUGCGCUAACCGACGAGUUGGUUGCGACCGUCGCCAAAGUUGAUAAGAGAAACCCCCGUUUCAAAAUCCUGAAACGUCGUACCGAAGAUACUCUAAGAGCGAAUGCUCAUGGCCGUACGAACCAGUUUGCGGUUGCGAAGCAGCUGGAGGGACUUCAGGAAAAGUUCCAGGUCCUCAAUAAAGAUGACUUAGCUGACGCUCUGCGCGCCCGUCUCACGGAGUUAAAUGAACAUCGGGACUCAUGGUUUCCUGAGAUCCUAUCGUUAUUGCUGCAGCUUGCUGAUCGCCCGGCUCAGUUGUCAAAGGUAGAUCGCAUCGAGAGGCUUAAGCCCCAGGAGCACGUGGAAUCCCUAUCGUGGACAGAGUUAGAUGUUUCCGGAACUGCGUAUUGUGAGGAGGAUAUAUGGGAAUCUGUAGACUUCGGCGCUGGAUCCUCCGAGGAUGACCUCUCAUCCGUAUCAAGCGAUAGCUAUCAUGGACGUUCUUUACCUCAAACCUCCAUAGCCCUAGAAGAGGACUACGUGAUCCCAGAGGACCUAUUCUCUUCAGGAGAAGAUGAAGACCUUGUGGAUUCGAUCAAAAGCGCCCAAUUCUGGCGAAAUGAAACCAGUGCCGACACUGACCGGCAUGGAGGCAAUUCCUCUCAAGUACUCACAGAGCUUCAGAUCGUAAGAGAGACAAUAUUCAUGCUACAAGGCCUACCUACAUCCUUGUUUUGGCGUCUUCAUGAAAGCGUCGAGGUAGACCGAAAAUACUCACUCGCGCAUUUAUCAAGCCAAACGCUAUCUUCAUUGCUGAGUUCGUUCUGCUCAAUUGGGUCUAAAAUAGACAUCUUAAGACGAUACAACCAGGUCCCGCGGGUCAUUCCCUACAUGCAGACGUUCCACCGGGGCAUUGAAGAUCGCCUGCGCGAGUUUGACGGGUUCUUGUCUAACGUACAGUCACAGUACCUAUCGCAAUCCGGAACUAUUGCGGUCAGUCUUCUGCAACUAUACGAGAGCGUGCUCCGUGAAUCCAAGCUGCUUCUUUUGUUAGCGGAAAUUGUAUCUAAUCUCAGACAUGCCGCAUCGGAUAGCCCAAUACGUUGUCUUGACCUCCUCUACGACUCCGUCUGCAUGACACAAGCCACCGGCGAUGAAAAUGAGUUCAGGUUCCUGGCUCAACUGUUUUUCUCGUGCUUCGAAACUUACGCACGCCCAAUCCGCCUUUGGAUGGAAAAGGGAGAGUUAGAGGAAUCUCACCAGGGCUCCUUUUUCAUCCGCGACAACCGCAAUAAUGACCAAGACCUCCGAACCUUAUGGCAUGGAUGGUAUACGCUGGAUGAAUCAGCAUGGUUUUCAAGCGCGCCGAAAUUUGUCCAACCUGUCGCUCGCAAGAUUUUCGUCGCAGGCAAAAGCAUGGUUUUCCUGCGACACUUGGAUAUGUCGGAGGACGAGACCCACGCAAGAAAGAGCUCCUUAACACUGGGGGAUGUAUUCCCGGAAGACUCCACCUCCGUUUACAUGCCGUUCUCAGCAUUACUCGACUCAGCCUUUGGGCGAAUAGUCGACGAGAACCACUCUUUCACAUCAUCGCUGCUGCGAAGGGAGCUUGACCAGCAAUGUGGGCUAGGGGCCUCCCUCCACGCGCUGGAGCAUAUCUACCACUGCAAAGACAUGAGUGUGUUCGGGCCCAUCGACCUGAAAAUCUUCGACCUCAUCGACCGAGGCAGAGGAGCCUGGGACGACCGAUACCUGCUCACGGAACUUGCCCAGAGCGCAUUCAGCACCUUGCCCUUCAUCGACCCAUCCAGAGUAAUAGUCCGGUCGUCCAAAGACCCCACCAACAAACAAAACACCCACAGUCGCUCCGUCAAGCUCCUCCAAGCCAUCUGCUUCGACUACAUCCUCCCCUGGCCCGUCGCCAACAUCAUCACCAAAGACGCCAUGCUACGCUACCAGCACCUCUCAACAUUCCUCAUGCAAAUCCGCAGAGCAAAACACACCAUCGUAAAACAACGUCUCCAAUACUCCCCCCAACCCAGAAAAAACGCUCAGGCCUUCGCCCUCCGACACCACAUGCUCUGGUUUCUCAACACGCUCUACAGCCACAUCACCGACUUCGUCAUCUCAACCACCACCACCUCGCUCCGAAAAGACCUCUCGGCCUGCAACGACGUCGACACCAUGGUCUCCGUGCACCAAUCGUACAUGUCCUCCCUGGAAGACCAAUGCCUUCUCUCCCAAAACCUAGUCCCCCUUUACGAAGCAAUCAUCUCCCUCCUCGACCUCUGCAUCGCCUUCUCCGAUCUCCAAGCUACUCGCCAUACCCAGACCAACGCUACCCAGAAAGAGUACGGCCAGGACAAAGACCAGAGUGAUGAAGAGGAAGACGAAGACGAGGAGCCCGAACACGAUGAUAGACACACGCCCGUUCACGAAUCACAAUACCUGCAGCAAGUGAAAACGACCCAAGAUCAGUUCAAUCAGCUUGUUGGCUUCCUGGCUGCGGGGUUGAAGGGCGUGGGUCGUGCGAAUGCGCAGGUUAGCUGGGAGAUUUUGGCCGAGCGGCUGGAGUGGAGGAAGGAGCGGACGGCGGAUCAUGUAUGACUGUAAAUUGUUCGCUGGGUUAUGAUAAUGAGUACUAUGACUCUGUUUUGCUUUUUGUUUGUGGUGCUUGUGGCUGGGUCUAUUCACCUGAAGAUAAGAACCAGACUGGAAUGAAAGUGAGAACAAUAAAAUAAAAUAUGUAAUUCAUUGAUAAUUUACUUAAACAUGCCAUCGUAUCAAG